AUGGACUUAUUACACAAACUACCAUCUGUACAUCGUAAUUACUUUAAAUCCCUCCCACAUGCACAAAUUGAGGAAGAAUGAAUUACGAAAUAUUAUUUGAAUGUAAUAUUUCUUUAAUAGUGAAUAAAAGUUGGAUACUUUUUAAUUUUAUAACACAAAAUUGUAUAUAUAUAUAUUUCUUUUAUUUUAAGAAUUUUAUUUUUUUCAAGGGAUUUAUAUCUUUUUAAAAAUUAGAAAAGUUAUUUCACUAAUUCUGAAAGUGGCUUUAAGUUCAUUUAUAGCCAUCAAAAACGUGUUAUUUUUUAAACAAUGUUCUAAUCCUACUAAUUGGAUUGGUAAAUUAUACGCCAUUAGAAACACAAAAACUGCUAUAUUCAAUUAAACUGCUAUAUCAAUUACCAAUAUUUUUAAAUUUAUUAAAGCUUAAAUCGUUAAAUAUCUUGAUUUAAAAAUAAAUGGUCUUGGGGCAAUUAUGUUCUUUUGAGUUCUAAAUGAAAAAUUACUGUCGUAUCGAAGAAAUAUAAAAUGAAUGAUCUAACUGAAAAUUAAAAUAUUUAACAUUAUUAAUUAUAUCGAAACAUAUUUCAGAGGAUAUUUAAUUGGGUAAUUGAUUAUUAUUAAGUAAUUAGUAUUGGCAGUUGAGUGCGUAGAGAAUAUAUAAAGAUCAAUUUUACUUUUUUAAAUAGAACCAUAUCUGUUUUUUAAUAUAUUCUCAGCAUUCUGUAUAAAAAAAGUAUUAACUUAUUUAUAUCGCAAAAACACUAGUUUAGCAGAUACAUAUUUUAAUUUAAUUUAAUUCAAUUUUAAUUUCAAUCUAAUUUCGAUUUUAUUUAAUUUCAUUUAUUUUUUUAAAAUUUGAUUUUAAACUUCUCGUGUAUAAGACAAAGGAAAAUACGAGACAACGUACGUAAUAAAAAGAAGGAUGACUUAAGCAUACUACCGCUUUGUAUCUUUCCUUCUUUUAAAUAUAACAGAUUUUACAAAAUUAAAUUUAGGAUACAAAACUUCGAGUGGAACACGUUAAGGAACGAAGUCGUUCUGUGACGAGUUCGGAUAAUAGAGACUCACUAGUUUUCUUUAUGUUCUACUCUUAUUUGUUUUGUAUUGCAGAAGAUAAUAAAUUAUGAUAACAAAAGUUGAUCAAUUUAAGAAGUGGACGAAAGCAUUUAUACAUCUGAUGAGAAAUUAUCUAUAUUUUUAACUAUUAUAAUUUCAUAAAAAAAAGUUGUGUAACAAUCCAGUUGACUUUAUUUUAAAAAGUGAAAUCUUUAGUUUAAAAAUUUUACGUUAAUUUUGUUCAAAGAUGUUUUUACAUUAUGUAGCAAGUGGGAAAGCAAGAAUACUUUCUUCUUCUUUUUCUUUUUGGUGGAAAUUAUAAAAAUUCAAUGUAACAGAUUUCUGUGUAGAACGAACAUCAUUAAUUUAAUGUUAAAUUUCCAUUAGUAGUUAUCAACAAGGAAAAGACGGAAAAAUCACAGAAAAUGACAUUGCAUCAUGAAUGA